UCUGGUCCACUGACAGAAAAUAUGUCAACAUUUGUAAUAGAUGUGUCUGCUGAGACGUAACAGAGCCUGCUCUCCCUUUCCGACUGAAGUAUAGGACUAAAGUAUCUAUCGGUAGCAUGAAACAAAGGCUAUGUCAUUUUUGCACAGCCUGUGACAUCACGUGCUAGAUGUGUGUGAGAGAAUUCCGAAACACGAUCCCUAGAAUGUGAACCUUACCCAUUUUUAUGGGUUUAUGAGUUUGGAUUGUCUCCUUGUGAUAUAAAAGUCGAACAAGAUCCCGUUCUCUAUGCUUUGCAGAUGCUGGCUGUGGACUGAGAUAUGAAGUACCAGAUUAAGCAUACUUGGGACAGUUUACCAGUCAACCAUGAUCCAGUUAAAAUCGGAUUUUCAUCUGGUGAAGGGGGCUUAAGGAUGGAGGUUUCUGCUCCCUUUUUCAAUGAUCCGCCAGCUCCACCUGGUCCCCCUGGGCAACCUUUCCCUGGACUGUGGGAUUAUGAAGUGGUUGAAUCAUUCUUCUUGAACAGCUCAAAUGAGAAGUACCUUGAGGUGGAAGUGUGCCCACAUGGCCAGCAUUUGCUUCUUCUGCUGUCUGGGAAACAUAAUGCUUUUCAGCAAGCACUGCCUCUGACAUUCAGUGCCACAAUAAAGGAAAAUAAAUGGACGGGUGAAGCCCUCUUGCCCUGGAGGUAUUUUCCACCAGGUGUGGAUAAGAUGAACUCCUACGCUAUUCAUGGAUCAGGAGAUUCUAGGAUCUAUGAGGCUUUGUACCCAGUACCUAGGGCAGAUCUUGUUGAGGGCCAAGGACCAGACUUCCACCGACUUGAGUACUUCCAGCCCUUUAGCCUGCAAAGUAUCAUGGGCGACGGAUGGGUGCAGCCCGAAUCUGACCUUUGGCAAGGACACCGCUGACUGCUCGAGCCAUGAUGCUACAGUUCUAAAGUUCGAAAGGCUAAUUCUUUAUUAUCUUAUUUGUUAUCAUUACAAUGACAACAUAAGCUGUUUAUUAGUUCAAAUGCAUUAUUGAUCUGUCCUGCCCAGUGCUUUUAUCAGAUAACUACUUACUGUAACUACACAAUAAUCAUACAAACAAAAUAUUAUUAAAUGGCGUGGUGAUAAGUAAAAGUGAAACAGUAGAACAGGGUGACUGUAAGUCACUGACAAAAUUGCAGUUCAUAGAUACUUAACAGAAACAUAAUUGCAAUAGUUUAUGACUUCCUCUACGCACACAAAAGGGUUAUUUUUCCUCAAUCGUUGUUCACAAACAAAUCUGUCUGUCUGAGCACUAAACCUUUAAAUUCAGUUCACAGGGAAUAGUUAUUGUGGACAUUCCUACAGCCAGCUGGCAAUUAGCUUUUUAAUCAGCAUCUUUUAAUGCCCGUCAAGUAGAUUAAUUAUCUUAGCAAUUUGAGAGAAAUACGUCUUUUGGUGUGCAUAGAAGAAUCUUACUUUGCAGUGUUGUGUUUAUUACGUUGAGUAUAUUUAAUGCAGUUGUCACUCUCAAAACAGUUUUUGACUCUCUCUAUGUUCCUUGUAAAAUGUAUGUACAAACCAGGACUAUCCCAUUACUCCACAUUUAUAAUUCUAUAAUGAUGAUUUUAUAUUGAAUGCUGAUUAUUAAGAUGUUUAUCAUCUGUCUUUUGAAUAAAGUUUCUUAAACAUCAAA